GGCCGCGCGCACCGAGCACAGCAUCUGAGCACCUUGGAAACGCCACGGUCUGAUUCCUGAGACGCGCGGCGACGCACCGGCACCGACAGCAGCACACCGACCCGCACACGCCCUCCACAUCCCACCUGAAACCACCCGGAGCCGGCGACUUGUCCUCCUCGACGGCCGUGGAAAGCCAGAGCGAACCCCGGUUCAUUUGCAGCCAGAACACCGUGUUCCCAUGAUGUCAUACCUGUGGAUUCUGCUGUUAGGAAGCCUGCUGGCCACAAGCGCCAAGGCACAAGAGGAGGAGGCAGCUCCUGAGAUCCCGGCCCCCGAUGCUGCAGCAGGGCCUGAAGUCAACGCGGAACCCGAGGAAACAGCAGCAGAGGAAAUACAACCAUCGGUGAGUGCCCCUGAGUCUGAUGCUGAGCCUGAAGCUGGAGCUGAGGAACCUGAAGCUCCUGCCACUGAGGACGCUGAACCAGCAGCUCCUGCAGCGGAGGAGACAGAAGAAGCAACUCCUGCAGCUGAUGCAGCUGAGGACGCUGAACCAGCAGCUCCUGCAGCGGAAGACACAGAAGCGGCAGCUCCUGUAGCUCCUGCAGCCGAGGACGCUGAACCAGCAGCUCCUGCAGCUGGAGAUGAGGAAGAAGAGGCAACUGCAGCAGCAGACGCAGAGGCUGAGGCAGCUGCAACAACACAAGAGCCAGAAGCUGAUCCAGAGGUCAAGGUUCCAGAGGUUCAGGCUCCAGAGGCUGAGGCACCAACAACAGACGUAGAGGAGGAAUCCACUGCAGGCUCUGAUACGACAGCUGCUCCGGUGGAGAGUGGACACGUUGAUGAAGCCACACCAGCAACAGACGUAGCUGCAGAAGAUAAUCAGGAACUACCAACUGAUCCGGCCGCCGAUUCAAAACCAGAUGUUCCCAUUGUUGAGGAAAAGAUUUUGCCGGCUGUCAUACCAGCAGUCAGGGCCGUUCUCCCUUCAGCAGAUAAUGAGGCAACUAAAGCGGAAGCAGCACCUGUUGCUGCCCAAGAAGAUGCAGACAAGCCACAUGCUGCAGAAGCCAGCUCCGGCUCCUUAGCAGGCAUCCUGUGUGGACUCGCUGCGGCUGCUGUGGGAUCAGUCGUCGGAUUCAUCACCUAUAAGAAGAAGAAGCUGUGCUUCAGCAAUAGACAGGAAGCUGAUCCAGAGGCAGGCCGCAAAGUCGACACAGCCGAGGCCAACUCAGAUCCGCAGGUCCUUAGCAACCUGCUGAACUCCUCCUAGACCGGCGACCAUCACACGGCUGACUGUCUGGACCAACUAUAGUCGACAAAGUGGCAAUCUCACUGUUAGGCUCUAUCCGCUGUGGAGCUGUGUUACUGUGAGGCCCAGAGUAGGGCUGUGAGUGUGUGUGUGUGUGUCUGUUUCUGUCUGAUUUAUAAUGUGUGUGUGUAUGUGUGGGUGUGUGUGUGUGUGCGCGCAUAUAUGUGGGGUUAAAGGCGUUAGAAGAAGAAAAACAAAAAGCAAGUAAAGAUCCUCUAUGUGAACCUUAGGGGUUUUAUGAUUGUUACAACUUAGGAAUUUAUUGAAAUGAUCGGUAAAAUUUUCUACUUUUAACCAAAUCCAAAAACUUAUUUUGUUUCCAGACCAUGAAAGAGAUUAAAUCUCAGAUAAAGUAUGACCAUUUGAUGGCUAACUCGUAGAACUACCUUUUCUUAUUGUUACUUGUAUGGCUACCAUCUAGUUCUAGUAACUCUGUCUGAAUAUAAACCAGUGACAGAUUUUGAUGUUGUGGUUGUUUAAACUUUAUACUGAAUUCUUACCAGUGGAAAUAUUUAUUUCCUGUUCCUAUUUGAGCCACCUGUAUGAUUUUGAGAAUCCACAGAUAUACGUAUAUCAUAUCUUUCAUUUUCUACCCAUACCAUUAUCUGCAGCGUAAAUCGUAAUCAGGGGGGCUUCUAUAACUGCCACUGCAUUCCCUGGAUAUUGGCGAGGAACGAUAGCGAAGGCCUUUUUCACUGCAGACAAUCGGACUUGUAGGAGUAGCAGAGGCCCCAGGGUAACAAGUCCAAAUGUCUCCAGUUAAAAAAGGCCUGUAUCGAUCCUAGGAUUCUGGGGAUGCUCUGAAAUGGUCCGAUCGGUGUGAAGAGGGCCGCUGAUGUCACUGUAUGUGUGUUUGUUUGUGUGUCUUUUAAUCGGUGAAGGGGCUUAGUCUUAAAUCCUGUUGGGUCACUGUCACUUCUCCUCCAAGUCUGUUCGAAUAAUUUAAAAACAGAUAUUUCUAAUAAAUUGCUAAUGACUCGCUAAAAACAAACAAAUCUAAACUUAUUUACCCUUAGAGAAAAUUAUGAUUUCUAAAUUCACCAAGGAAAGUCGAAGUGAAGUCUGACCCUGUUUCUGGACAACGGAUGAAUGUUCACCUGACAUGAACUAGUUCAGAAACAGGUCAUGUAGUAACGUAUUUACACAUUUGUCCUGAUGUAGUCUGUGUUAAUCUAGUUGUGAUGCAGUAGUUUCUUCUCUAUAGUGCCUUUCACUGACACAGCCUGACUUGAGCAAUUCACAGACACACAGACGAGACGUGGAAUUAAAACAGUAAUGAAUGUAUCAGAAAUAUAAUUGAGGAAUGUAAAAUGACACUUUGGACGGCUCGUGCACGUGAAACUGUUCCAUUAUUGUACAUUAUUAUACCAGAUGCAUAUCUGAUCGCAGUGGGCCAGUUAGUUAUUUUAUAUACCCAGUGCUUUUUUUGACUGACGCUGCCUCCCACACUGUUUAAAAAGCCUCCAUUAAUUUUCCUCUCUGUGUGUCUCUUUAUUCGUGCAAGCCAGAUGCUGUCCCGGUGUUUUUGUAUCAUUCAUAACUCCACAUCACGUACACCAUCCACCUGUGAUUUUUAUAGAAAUUAAAUAUUUAGCAGUGGUGCCUCCGAGCUGACACAGAUAAUCUUUAGUCAACAUGCUUACUGUGGUAUUUUGUGAUUAUUAUUGUGAAAUGCCGAAGAAGCGCUGUGUUAAAAAAAAAAAAAAAAAGACGCCAGAACAGUUUUUCUUUUUCCAGCUGUAGCACAAAACUACCAACUUCUGAAUGUCUUUUCGUUGCCUUGCAGUUUUUUGUACUUGCUCUGCUCCCUUUAAACACAGGGUCAUAGAGGUCGCGUAGCGCCGCAGUUCAUGUAAAGUGCGUAACUUGUAAAGCACCAUAUAUUAGCUGCAAUACAGGACAGAGACUGUUGCUUAACAGCCUUGCCUCAAGCCGAGAAAUAUUAAGUCUGUGAUGUCACAUAUCGAUUCAUUCUACUGUAUGAGCUGCAGACCGGGAGGCGGGUCAAAGUUCGGCUUUGAAUCGCCUCCUCGUCCCGUAAUCUGUGAUGGAUGGAGUUUCUCUCGACACACUGAACAAGGGGAUCGAGUCGCGUGUGUACGAAAUCUCUUACGACACCUGCCACGUUGGCGCGGAGUGAUAACGCACAAAAACACCCGCUGAAUAAUAGUACAAGCUUUCAGACAAUAGCCGCUGAUGCCUUCAGAACAGAGGAUUCUCCUUUUUUACGCAGUUCUCGCCUCCUCCAUUGGGUCAAAUAGGAGUCAGCAUGAUCGGCCUGUGACGCACCGUCAGAAACCCGAUGUGGAGACAAUAAGAGCUGGGUCCAAUCUACAUUCCAAUGCAGUCCGAUUCCUUGUAAACACAAACAUGUCCAAACCAGAAUGUAAACCAAGGGAAUCUUCAAGCUAUUGGGUCCUGAAGUGCACUUCCAUCAAGUAAUGCUAGGGCAUCAAUCACGGCCCUGACCGGUCCGGCCUUACAAACCCCAACCUCUUGAAUAUCGCAGAGAGGCCAACAAAGAACAACGGCGGCGUCGUCAUCAGAGAGAGACAAGCAGAGAUGUUUUGCAGGUUAUUUUAAUAGCAAUCUCUACGGGAGAAGCACUUUCCUAUCCUGUAUACAUCUUGAUUCAUCCAACACAUUUAGACAAUUCUUUUCUUUUUUUUGAUUUAAACUAGUGUUAGACUUUUUAUUUAAAAUAUUCUGUGUUUUUGAUCCUGUGUAGGAACUUUCUUCUUUUUUUUUUCGUCAUCUGGCACUUGUGUUGGUCUUCUGGAAUUGUGUAAAUAAUGUUUGAGGAGUCAAUUAAACGUGGGAGUUGGUGUGUUAUUCCCUUGCCAACAA